UACCGUAACAAAUAAGGAGGAGCCGUUUGAGAGUACAAGAUGACUGCAGGAGAAAACCCUUUUGUAUCUAACACCUCUUCUCUGCAAAACCAGCUUAAAGAAAAAGAGAAAGAGCUUUUGGCUGCUAAAGCUGAAGUUGAGGCUUUGAGAACAAACGAGGAGCUCAAAGACAGAGUCUUUAAGGAGCUGAGAGAAAGCGUAAGGAAGUUGGAGGAGAAACUUGGAGCCACUGAGAAUCUUGUUGAACAAAAGGAGGUGGAGAUGAAGAAGCUUGAGGAAGAGAAAGAAGAUGCAUUGGCGGCUCAGGACGCUGCAGAAGAAGCACUUAGGAGGGUUUACACUCACCAACAGGAAGAUGACUCUCUACCCCUCGAAUCCAUCAUCGCUCCCCUUGAAGCUCAGAUAAAAUUUCACAAGCAACAGAUUUUUGCACUUCAAGAGGACAAGAAAGCUUUGGAACGUCUGACAAAAUCAAAAGAAUCUGCGCUUAUUGAAGCAGAGAGAAUCUUGAAAAGUGCACUUGAACGUGCUUUAAUCGUUGAGGAGGUCCAGAACCAUAACUUUGAACUUAGACGACAGAUUGAGAUAUGCCAGGAUGAGAACAAGUUUCUUGAGAAAAUAAACCGCCAGAAAGUGUUGGAGAUUGAGAAGCUCUCCCAAAGCAUUGUAGAACUGGAGGAAGCAAUCUUGGCAGGAGGGACAGCCGCCAAUGCAGUUAGAGACUAUCGCCGUCAAAUCUCACAGCUCAACGAUGAGAAGAGAACCUUGGAGAGAGAACUAGCCAGAGUCAAAGUUUCAGCAAGUAGAGUGGCCCUUGCCGUUGCUAACGAAUGGAAAGAUGAGAACGAUAGAGUAAUGCCUGUGAAGAAAUGGCUUGAAGAGAGAAGGCUUCUCCAUGGGGAAAUGCAGAAACUGAAAGAUAAACUUGCUGUUUCAGAAAGAACUGCUAAGGCUGAAUCCCAACUAAAGGAGAGGUUAAAGCUGAGGUUGAAAACCAUAGAAGAUGGCUUGAAGUGCCCAAACACGUUUCUAGUCUCUCCAACUACAAAGACUGAAAGAUCUGGCAAGAUUUUAGGAUUCUUAACAAGUGGUGGUGGAUCAAAGAAAAGGUCUACUUCUCAGCCAAGAGGCUCAAUUACAGGCAGAAUACAUGCUCUGAAUCAGCCUAUUCACAGAGUUGCAGAAAGUGAUGAAAAGGAGAAUUCAAAGAUUACAGCUAAUGGAUUAACUGAUCAGCAUGAAAAAGGUGGCCAAAGGAAAACAGAGGAAGAUGGAGAUGUAGAUACUGAAGAUAUGGUUUCAGGGUUUUUGUAUGAUAGGCUUCAGAAGGAAGUAAUUGCUUUAAGGAAGAUUUGUGAGAGUAAAGAGGGUACUAUAAAUACCAAAAAUGAAGAGAUCAAGAUGUUGUUGAAGAAGGUGGAUGCUCUAACGAAAGCCAUUGAAGUGGAGACAAAGAAGGCAAAGAGGGAAGCCGCAGCGAGAGAAAAAGAAAACGCAUUGGCAAUAUUGAAUGAAGAGUCAAAGCAAAGUAGAAAGACAAACUUACCAAGAAGCCGUGUAGCCAAUCCACGUUGCCAGUAGAGGAAGAAGGAGCUUAUGGGAUUGAAUAUACUAAAGAAGAUGAUCUUAUUUUAGGUUGUACUGUACAUAUUGAGUGUUGGAUGGAUUAUAAGAAAGGGGAACUAAAAGCUCAACAGAUGUGUGUGUGUUAUGUCUGGAUUGCAAACCAUGUGAUGAAGUCGUCUCUCGUAACCUAUUAUUUAUUUGAAUGAUAUAGCAAUUAUCUUGAGAACCUAUAAGUAAAUCAGAAUCUUUGCUAAACACAAACACAUACAUGUUUUCUUAGGUUUUUGUUCUUAGCCUUGGUUGUUCAGUUAAGGCAACAACCUUUCUAUCUAAUAUAAUUAAAGCAUCGUAUGUUCUCUCA